UCCCACCUGCACCCCUCCACCCUUCUCCCGACACCCCGGGUCACAGGGAAUAUGGUUAACUUUGCCACACUUUGCGUGCCACGGGGGAGGAUGCCCACGCGCUGUCCGGAGCUCCCGAGCGGCUGAACCGAGAACGCAAUAACACCGAGACUUUUGAGAGGAGCGGGUCGGAACGGGCGAGGUUUCUAAGAUCCCGGCUCUGUUCUCCGGCUUUGGCUUUGAGAGAUGAUCACGGAGCUGGUGUGCACCGCCGUGGCAGUGGGUCUCUACCUGAACACGCUGGACGCGGAUUUCUGCUACGAUGACAGCCGAGCCAUUAAGACCAACCAGGACCUUCUUCCCGAGACGCCGUGGACCAACAUCCUGUUCGACGACUUCUGGGGCACGGUGCUCACCCACAGCGGCAGCCACAAGUCCUACCGUCCGCUCUGCACCCUUUCCUUCCGCCUCAACUACGCCCUGCACGCCCUGCGGCCCUGGGGCUACCACCUGCUCAACGUGGCGCUGCACGGGCUGGUCACCGCCGUCUUCACGGCCUUCAGCCGCCCGCUGCUGGGCGGGGGGCCGUGGAGCCUGCUGGCGGGCCUGCUGUUCGCCUCUCACCCGGUCCACACCGAAGCGGUCGCCGGCGUGGUCGGGAGGGCAGACGUCGGCGCCGCGUUGUUCUUCCUGCUGUCCCUUCUCUGCUACGCAAGGCACUGUGGACUUCGCGGGGACGACCAGAAUCCCAGACGAUGUGACGGCGAAAGCGGCAGUGGCAGCAGUGGCAGCGGCAGCGGCUCCGUCAGCCGCUGCUGGGGCUGGAUGGCGGCCAGCCUGUGGUGCGCGGCGGCCAGCAUGCUGUGGAAGGAGCAGGGGGUGACGGUGCUGGCCGUGUCGGCCGUGUACGACCUCUUCGUGUUCCAGAGGCUGCGGUUGCGCCAGGCGCUCCUCCUGCUGAGUGGAAAGAAAAAGAACACGAGUGUUUUGCUGAGUCUGUGCGUGCUGGCCUCCUGGGGAGUGAUCCUGCUGUCGGCUCGCCUCUACUGGAUGGGCAACACGCCCCCCAACUUCUCCAACUCGGACAACCCCGCGGCCGACUCCGCGCAUUUCCUCACGCGGACGCUCACCUUCCUCCACCUGCCGGUCGCCAACGCCUGGCUGCUGCUCUGCCCCGACAGGCUCAGCUUCGAUUGGUCCAUGGACGCCGUGCCCCUGGUGAGGUCCCUGGCCGACUGGAGGAACCUCCACGCCGUCGCCUUUUACGGCGGGCUGGUCCUCCUGAGUUUGUUCGGCCUCCGCGGCCCCGCCGCCGCCGCGCGCAAGGGGGGCGACGGGAGAGCCUGCGUCGCCGAUGGCAAAUCCAUCACCAACGGCAACGGCUACCACGCCCCCGACUCGAACCACAACACGGACCACGGGCCAGCGAAGAGCGCCCCCAACGGGUCGGCCGGAGUCCACCGGGGGGCCCCGCGGACGUCCGCGCCCCCUACGGAAAACCUGGUGCUGCUGGCGUUGGCGAUCGUCUCUCUGCCCUUCGUCCCCGCCACGAACCUGUUCUUUUACGUCGGUUUCGUCAUUGCAGAGAGGGUGCUAUACAUCCCGAGCAUAGGCUUCUGUCUGUUGGUGGCUGCCGGCGCCAGAAGCCUGUACGUCAGACUGAGGCCCGACGGCUGCAGGGCCGCAAUGUCGUGCCUCUGUGCGGGACUCGUGCUGCUGAACGGACUCAGAACGGUCCAAAGAAACCGGGACUGGAGCAACGAGGAGAAUCUCUACAAGUCUGGGAUUGGGGUGAAUCCUGCCAAAGCCUGGGGGAACCUGGGGAACGUGCUGAAGAACCAGGGCAACAUGGCUGAGGCAGAGCAGGCGUACAGAAACGCUCUGCACCACCGGGGGAACAUGGCCGACAUGCUGUACAACCUCGGCUUGCUGCUGCAGGAGAACGAGCGUUUUUCCGAAGCGCUGCAUUACUACAAGCUGGCCAUCGGGAGUCGGCCAACGCUGGCAUCGGCCUACUUGAACACAGGAAUCAUCCUGAUGAACCAGGGCGACCUGGAGGACGCGAAGCGCACCUUUCUCACUUGUGCCGACAUUCCCGAUGAGAACUUGAAGGACCCGCACGCCCACAAGAGCUCUGUCACCAGCUGCCUGUACAACCUGGGAAAACUGCUCCACGAACAGGGCCAGCAGGAGGAGGCGCUGUCCGUUUACAAGGCGGCGGUGCAGAAGAUGCCCCGGCAGUUUGCGCCGCACAGCCUUUUCAACAUGAUGGGAGAGGCCUACAUGAGACUGAACAGGCUGGAGGAAGCCAGUCACUGGUACCAAGAGUCCCUCAGGGCCAAGCCCGACCACAUCCCGGCACACCUUACGUAUGGCAAGCUCCUGUCCGUCAUCGGGCAGAAGACCAAAGCGGAGAAGUACUACCUGAGAGCUAUUCAAAUAGACCCAACUAAAGGAAACUGCUACAUGCACUACGGCCAGUUCCUGCUGGAGCAGUCUCGUCUCGUCGAAGCGGCGGAGAUGGCGGAGAGGGCUGCAGAGCUGGACGCCUCGGAGUUCGACGUGGUCUUCAGCGCCGCCCACAUGCUCAGGCAGGCCAGCCUCAACGAGGCAGCAGAGAGGCGCUACGAGCGCGCCGCCAGCCUCAGGCCAGAUCACCCGGCCGCUCUGAUGAACCUCGGUGCCAUCCUCCACCUCAACGGGAAGCUCCCCGAAGCGGAGGCCAACUACCUGCGCGCGCUCCAGCUCAAACCCGACGACGCCAUCACCCGGUCCAACCUGCGCAAGCUGUGGAACGUCAUGGAGAGGCAGGGGCUCGGGAGCCGAGCGCGGGCCCAGGAGGAGGCAGAGGAGCGGCCUUUGAGCUGAGAGAUCUUAUUGCUGCUGCUGCUGUUGCUGCUGCUGCUGCUUCGUUCCCUCCGUGAUGUGUCCUGCAGAGAGGGAUGCGGGACAGGAUGAGAAAGAGCUGGAGGCUAAAAGCGCUCUCUCUCCUCCCGGUGUGGCCUGUGGAGGACAGUUUGAGGCUCGGGCCUGUUUGGAGUUGACCUGUGUGAGAGAGCUCUGCCCAAGAAGGAGUCCCCUGCAGCGGCUCGGGUGGCCGACGUUACCUUUUUAUUAUUGAAUUUCAUAAAGCAAUCCUCAAUGUCUUUAAAAGAAAGCACUGAAAUCAAAAAGGGCAAAGUCCAGAAGAAAAUAAACUUCUCAAAGAUUAGAUGAUUAUUAUUAAGACUUGGAAGCAGUUGAGAGUGGAUUCAGAAAAGGUAUUUUGAAACAAUCAUUUCACAUUGAAAAUGCAAAAAGAAGAAAGAAAUGAGUUUGCCAAACCUUUGUGGCCGAUUCCUCGCCUCUGCAACCGCAAGCAUAACACACCCUAAUGUUCACCCUGCCUGUUGCAUUGUGGGUAAUGCGGAUUGUGACAAGAGAGGAGAACUUUGCAAAGGAAAUACAAUACUAACUCUCCGGCUCUGCUCCAUUCAUUUGAUCUUUUAGUUUUUCUUUUAAACUGUCCACCUGCUCUAAAAAUGUAACGGGGGGGGCUCUCGCCUUCAAAUUUGAGGGUGAGCAUAAUAAAUGCAUAAUGUUAAAAGCACGCCACUGCUACGGUAUCUUUAGGUAUCCCCCUCGAACAGAGUGGUUUUUAAUAAGCUUUAAUGAGCAUAAUGCAUUCAGCCAACUUACAUUCUGUGUCACUCAACAUGGUGCUUGUGACUGAAAACACGAGAACUUUCUUUUCUGCCUCUCGUGGCCAAAUGCGUCCAGCGAAGAUGUCUCACUUCAUGUGAUCAAACUUAAUUUAUCAAAUACGCGUUUGUUUUGUGUGAAGACACCGGCACCCUCCCCCCCCCCCCCCCCCCCGUCUGAGUUCUCCACGUAGAUACAUGAAAAUUACAUUAAACCGUUUGCUUUUUAAAAAAAAAGAAAUGUGUAUUUUUCUUCUCUCCUAUCGAGGGAAAUCAGUUCUUGGUUCCUGUUUGUGACGCACAGAGAGCUUCUUCUUAAAGUGAUGUUAGACGUUUCCUGAUGGUGAUGUUUGGUUAAAUUAUACAAAAUGUGGAGCUGAGAAAAUGUUUUGUGUUUUUUGUAAAAGAAAAGUGAACUUUUUUUUUCUUCUUUUUUCAACAAUAAAAACGCUGCUGAUGCUG